GGUGCAAAGAUCCUUUCCGGCACGGAUGUGGCCAAGGAAAUACGUGAGCGGUUGAAGAAGGAUGUGGCGGAAAUACGGCGCCAGAUACCAACCCUCGUACCCGGGCUGGCGAUCGUGCAGGUCGGUGGGCGCGAAGACUCGAACGUGUACAUCCGGAUGAAGAUCAAGGCGGCGGAAGAGAUCGGUAUGUACGCCGAGCAUGUGCAGCUACCGCGUUCUACCACGCAGGACGAGCUGUUGGCAACGGUAAGUCGACUCAACGAGGACCCCUGCUUCCAUGGCAUCAUCGUGCAGAUGCCGCUUGAUUCGGAAACACCGAUCGAUGCACAUCUCGUCACCGAUGCAGUUUCGCCGGAAAAGGACGUCGAUGGACUGAACACCAUCAACGAGGGACGUGUCGCAACGGGCGAUAUGUCCGGAUUUUUGCCCUGUACGCCCAACGGUUGCAUGGAGCUGAUCAAACGGACCGGCACACCGAUCGCGGGCUCGUACGCGGUUGUGAUCGGACGCAGCAAGAUCGUCGGGACGCCGAUGGCGGAGUUGCUGAAGUGGGCCGAUGCCACCGUAACCGUGUGCCAUUCGAAGACGAAGAACUUGAAUUUGCUGAUCAAGAAGGCGGACAUACUGGUGGUGGCCGUCGGCCGUCCGGAGAUGGUGCGGGGCGCUUGGAUUAAGCCCGGUGCCGUUGUAAUCGAUUGCGGCAUCAACUCUAUCCCGGAUCCGACGAAGAAGAGCGGUCAGCGGUUGGUCGGUGACGUGAAGUACGAGGAAGCGCUUCCCGUUGCGUCGCACGUCACACCGGUCCCGGGAGGCGUUGGACCGAUGACAGUAGCGAUGCUGAUGCAGAACACCGUUCAGUCUGCCCAGAGAGUUGCCCGGAGAUUGAUCGAGAUGGAGUUCCGCUGGUGCCUGAAACCGUUGCCGCUGAAGCUUACCGAACCGGUUCCGAGUGACAUCGAGAUUGCGCGUGCACAGGAACCAAAGGAUGUGUCCGUGCUGGCACAGGAGAUUGGUUUGAUACCGUCGGAGGUGUCGCUGUACGGUACGAAGAAGGCUAAAGUGUCGCUGAAGGUGCUGGAGCGUUUGCAGUACGAGGACGACGGGAAAUAUGUGGUGGUGGCCGGCAUAACGCCUACUCCGCUGGGCGAAGGCAAGAGCACCACCUUGGUCGGUUUGGUACAGGCUCUGACUGCGUACAAGCGCUGCAACUCCAUCGCUUGUCUGCGUCAACCGUCGCAGGGACCGACGUUCGGUAUCAAGGGUGGUGCGGCUGGUGGUGGGUACUCGCAGGUCAUCCCCAUGGAGGAUUUCAAUCUCCAUCUGACCGGUGACAUUCAUGCGGUCACGGCGGCGAACAAUCUACUCGCCGCACAGCUGGAUGCGCGCAUCUUCCACGAGGCAACCCAAACCGAUCAGGCACUGUACGAGCGGUUGGUACCGGCCAUCAAGGGUUCGCGCAAGUUUGCUCCGAUUCAGCAGCGCCGCUUGAAGCGGCUUGGCAUCGAGAAGACGGAUCCGUACGCGCUCACGCCGGACGAGAUCCGACGCUUCGCCCGGCUGAACAUUGAUCCGCACAACGUGGUGUGGACGCGCGUGCUGGACGUGAAUGAUCGGUAUCUGCGCAAGAUCACGAUCGGGCUGUCGCCGACGGAGAAGAACCUGACGCGUGAUACUAGCUUUGCCAUUUCUGUGUCGAGUGAAAUUAUGGCCAUUUUGGCGCUGGCCACCGGGUUGGAAGAUAUGAAGCAGCGUCUGGCGAAGAUGGUGGUUGCGUUUGACAAGACCGGUGCCCCGGUUACCGCGGAUGAUCUCGGCGUUACUGGGUCGAUGAUGGUGCUACUGAAGGAUGCCAUCGAACCGACGUUAAUGCAGACGCUCGAGGGUACGCCGGUACUGGUGCAUGCCGGUCCGUUCGCCAACAUUGCCCACGGUUGUUCAUCGAUCGUGGCCGACGACAUUGGGAUGAAGCUGGCGGGUAAGCGCGGUUACGUUGUGACGGAGGCCGGUUUCGGGUCGGACAUUGGUAUGGAGAAGUUCUUCAACAUCAAGUGUCGGGCAUCGGGCAAGGUACCGAAUGCGGUUGUGCUGGUAACGACGGUGCGUGCGCUGAAGAUGCACGGCGGUGGCCCAAUCGUGACGGCCGGCGCACCGUUGCGACGCGAGUACAUGAGCGAGAACCUGGAUCUGCUGGAGAAGGGACUACCGAAUCUGCUGAAGCACAUCGAAAACGGACUGAAGUACGGUGUGCCAGUGGUGGUCGCGAUCAAUGCACACGGUACCGAUACAGCGGCCGAACAUGAGCUCGUACGGAAGGCGGCAAAGGCGGCCGGUGCAUUCGAUGCGAUCGUAUCGAACCAUUGGGCAAAGGGUGGUGAGGGUGCGGCCGAACUCGCCCAAGCCGUGAUCGACGCCUGCGAUCGUCCGUCAGAAUUUAAGCUGCUGUACGAGGUGGACAUGUCGAUCGAGGACAAGAUCAUCCGUAUCGCUAAGGAAAUGUACGGUGCCGGUACGAUUGAACUGAACGCCAAGGUCCGGGACGCAAUUCGUCUCUACACGGAAAAGGGUUUCGGCAAACUACCCAUCUGCAUGGCCAAAACGUCCAUGUCACUGACCGGGGAUCCGAGUGUGAAGGGCGCACCGAAGGACUUCAAGCUAGUUAUCAACGACAUCUGCCUAUCUGCCGGCGCCGGUUUCAUUGUGCCAAUGUGUGGCGAAAUAUCGAAAAUGCCGGGUCUUCCGACACGUCCCUCCAUAUUCGAUAUCGACCUCAAUACCGAGACGGGUGAAAUCGAAGGACUAUUUUGA